AUGAAGAUGAUGAUAUAGAAUUACUAAUAGUUGCAUUUUGUGAAAUAAACCAAAUUAAAGAAGCAGGAAGGCAAUUCAUUAUUUCAGAAAUUAAAAACCACUUAUAAUCAAUUAAUAGAUAUACACUGGACAUCAAGGUGUAAGCUGAAUUCCAAGAAAAACAAUCUUCUAAUAAGGACAACAAAGAUUGUAAAUUGUUAAAAAAUAAACUUUCUAGAAUUGAUCAAAAAUAAUAAGAUGUGUUAACAGUAAAAUAAUAAUCAAAUAUUUAAUACAAACUUCACUCUCAAUACUAUCUAUAACUCUGAUCAAUUGCAAAUAAAAAAAAUAGAAGGUAGACAAUAAUUAAAUACUGAAAAUAGCAAUUAAAGUAAAUUGGAACAUUAAUAAUAUGGUAGUGGAAUUCUUAAUUGUAACUAAAUAGAAAGAAAACGAGGUAUCGCUCCUAAUUAUAGAUAUGGAAAAUCAUCUUAAUAAACUAAGGAGAGAUCAGAGACAUUGGGAAAUAAGUAAAAUGACUAUGUAAGUAAGUAAAAUAACUAUUAAUGCACAAAUGAAAGGAAAAAGAUCUUUGAUGCUGAUCAACCAAAAAUAAAGUACAAAUAAGAUUUGGAGCAAAUUAAAAACAUCUUUACAUAGCUCGACAGUGAUGAUGACGGUAAAAUCAGUUCUGAAGCUAUAAAUUUGAGAAUAGGAGAAUCAUGCUUCUAACUGAUAGCUCCAGUCUUGUUUCACAUGUAAGAGUAAAGGAUGGUAUUAGAUUUUGAUUCGUUUGUAUAUUUAAUAAUAUCUUUUAAUAUAUUGAUUUAUUGA